UCGUCUAAUCAGCUGGUCACAAAAACCACAUACUACAAAAAAAAACAAUCAGCAGAAAACACAACAAACAAGAAGCUUUGUUUGAGUUAUUGAAGUAUUUGGCACAGUUUUCCUGCUGUCAGUUUGCAUAAGUUAAAAAGCGUUGUAAUAACAUAAGUCCUUCUUUUGAGACAUCAACUACCUAGAUUAGAUGAUUGAUCAAGGGCAAGACAUCUUCAUUUUUCUUCUCCUCUUGACUGCAGCAAGCAUUCUGCGUCUGGUUUCUUCAGAUACUGAUGAUUUUGACACCCUUCAGGAAACCAUGGCAACCAUGAAAGCGCCGCAGUUUGACGAAUGCGGUGGACCUGAGAAACUGUACAUUGGUGACGUGGCUCGCCCAGAACCUGGCGAUGACGAGAUUUUGGUCAAAGUUUUCUCCUCAGCCAUCAAUCGUGCUGAUACACUUCAGCUGGCUGGAUCUUACAAGUCGCCCCCAGGAGCAAAUCCCAUCUUGGGUCUUGAGGCUGCUGGAGAAGUGGUCAGACUGGGUGCUGGCUGCUCCCAGUGGAAACUAGGUGACCGCGUGGCUCUUCUUGCACCAGGAGGAGGUAAUGCAGAAUAUGUUGUCGUUAACGAAGGUCAUGUGAUGCCUAUCCCGAGUCAUGUGACUAUGGAGGAGGCAGGUGGUCUCCCAGAGGUCUGGCUCACUGCUUACCAACUUCUUCAUUUUGUGGGUCAUGUCAAACAAGGGGAUAGAGUGUUGAUUCAUGGUGGGGGAAGUGGAGUCGGAACUGCAGCUGUUCAGCUGGUCUGCUUAGCGGGAGCUGAACCCAUCGUAACGGCAGGAACUAAAGAGAAGUUGGACAUGGCCAAAAGUCUUGGGGCUGUCGCUGGCUUCAACUACAAGGAGGUGGACUUUGCUGAGAAAGUCUUAGAAUUCACUGAGAGCAAAGGUGUAAACCUGAUUCUGGACUGUGUCGGCGGAAGUCACUGGGAGAAAAACUUGCGCACAAUAGCGACGGAGGGAACAUGGGUGGUGUAUGGGCUACUUGGAGGAGCAUCAGUAGAGGGCGCUAUUCUUGGUGGUUUACUCCGGAAGAGGGCGACGAUUGUAGGGACAACGCUCAGGCCUAGAAGUAUUCAAUACAAAACGGACCUAGUAAGCGCAUUCACCGAAAACGCCUUGCCUUACUUUGGGACGAAGCUCAAAACCAUUACAGACAGAGUGUUCUCAUUGGAUGAAAUUGCAGACGCCUAUAGACACAUGUUGGCCAAUAAGAACAUCGGAAAAAUCUUACUGCGUGUGCACCAGGAGAAGCCAAGUACCGACCACAGUGAACUUUAGCGCACAGGUCGACCGACAAUGUCGUGCACACCAUUUGAAAAUCUGAACUUGUUGCAGUGGAAAUACUUUACAACAGGGCUGGAAUUAAACGCAGGCCAUUGCCCCCCCCCCCCCCCCCAAGACAAGGUGGCCUUGGUGCCCCAAGGUUUCCAAUAUACUUUUUUCCUGGGUGGAGAGAAGCAGUUAUAGCCAGAGUCUUGCUUAGGGACACAAGAUUCGCGGCAGGGACUCGAACCCAC